GGAGCUGCCCCUCGGGGGCGCCCCCGCGGGCGCCGCCGGCCGCCGCGGUGCCGGGGCUGCCCGGCAGAGCGUGCCUGCGGGCCGCGCUGGCCGACUCGCGCUUCUUCUUGGUGUGCAUGUGCUUCCUGACCUUCAUCCAGUCCCUCAUGGUCUCCGGCUACCUGAGCAGCGUCAUCACCACCAUCGAGAGGAGAUACAGCCUGAAGAGCUCGGAGUCGGGGCUGCUGGUCAGCUGUUUCGACAUCGGGAGCCUGGUGGUGGUGGUGUUCAUCAGCUACUUCGGGGGGCGCGGACGGAGGCCGCUCUGGCUGGCCGUAGGGGGCUUCUUCAUCGCGCUGGGGGCUGCGCUUUUCUCGUUACCUCAUUUCAUCUCUCCGCCGUACCAGAUCCAGGAACUGAACUCCUCCGUCAGUAACGAGGGCUUGUGCAUGACUGGCAAUAACACCGCCAAGGAGCCGCUGGAUUCACCGGCCUGUGCCAAGGACUCUGGCGGAAACGAUCACUCCCUCUAUGUAGCUUUAUUCAUUUGCGCCCAGAUCCUCAUUGGCAUGGGCUCGACACCCAUCUAUACCUUGGGACCAACCUACUUAGAUGACAAUGUCAAGAAGGAAAACGCCUCGCUUUACCUAGCCAUCAUGUAUGUAAUGGGAGCACUUGGUCCUGCAGCUGGAUACUUACUAGGAGGAGUUCUUAUUGGUUUCUAUGUUGAUCCUAGAACAACCAUUUAUAUUGACCAGAGUGAUCCUCGAUUCAUUGGAAACUGGUGGAGCGGAUUUCUCCUUUGUGCCAUUGCAAUGCUCCUUGUGAUAUUUCCAAUGUUUACCUUUCCAAAAAAGCUCCCUCCUCGGCAUAAAAAAAAGAAAAAGAAAAAGAAGAUGAACUCUGAUGAUGUUUCAAGUGAGGAUGAAGUCAUGAAAGAGAAAACAAAUAGCAAAAUGCAAGCAGACAGUGCAGUUCCUGCCUCUAUGGGAUUUGGAAAGAAUGUUAAAGAGCUUCCAAGAGCAGCUGUCAGGAUCUUAAGCAACAUGACAUUCCUUUUUGUGAGUUUGUCAUACACAGCUGAGAGUGCCAUUGUUACAGCUUUUAUUACCUUCAUUCCCAAGUUCAUCGAGUCACAGUUUGGCAUCCCAGCUUCCAAUGCCAGCAUCUACACUGGUGUGAUUAUUGUCCCAAGUGCUGGUGUUGGUAUUGUCCUAGGCGGCUACAUUAUAAAAAAGCUGAAACUUGGUGCGAGAGAGUCUGCAAAGUUGGCUAUGAUCUGCAGUGGUGUGUCUUUGCUGUGCUUUUCCACUCUCUUCAUUGUUGGAUGUGAAAGCAUUAAUCUAGGGGGGAUAAAUAUACCUUACACAACUGGUCCCACUCUUGCCAUGGCCCACAGGAAUCUGACUGGGAGCUGUAAUGUUAACUGUGGAUGUAAGAUUCAUGAGUACGAGCCUGUCUGUGGAUCAGAUGGAAUAACAUAUUUUAAUCCUUGCCUAGCGGGCUGCAUCAAUGGUGGAAACCAUAGCACAGGGGUAACAAAUUAUACAGAAUGUGCCUGUGUCCAAAGUCGCCAAGUUAUUACUCCACCAACGGUGGGCCAGCGCAGUCAGCUUAGACUGGUCAUUGUCAAAACCUACCUGAAUGAAAAUGGCUAUGCUGUUUCUGGGAAGUGUGAUCGAACCUGCAAUACACUUAUCCCAUUCCUAAUAUUUCUUUUCAUAGUUACCCUUAUAACAGCAUGUGCCCAGCCAUCAGCAAUCAUAGUGACACUCAGGUCUGUGGAAGAUGGGGAACGGCCCUUUGCACUAGGAAUGCAGUUUGUUUUAUUACGAACUCUUGCUUACAUUCCCACUCCAAUUUAUUUUGGGGCUGUUAUUGAUACCACAUGCAUGCUUUGGCAACAGGACUGUGGCGUACAAGGAUCUUGUUGGGAAUACGAUGUCACCUCAUUUCGUUUUGUCUACUUUGGAUUGGCAGCUGGUCUCAAGUUUGUGGGAUUCUUUUUUAUUUUUUUGGCCUGGUACUCCAUUAAGUGUAAAGAAGAGCAACUGCAGAGACAGAGGUGGAGGGCUUCACCGGUGAACACUGUGAGUGAGAUGGUAGGCCAAACUGGACCUCAGCAAAACUAUGCACGGACUAGAUCCUGCCCUACCUUCAGUUGUCGAGGAGAUCAGUGUGGAGACAUCAGUGUGGCACAAGGAAUGAAUUGCAUAGCACAGACAUACCCUGGCCCUUUUUCAGAAGCAAUAAAUUCCUCAAAUGAAAAUGCUUUGGAAGAAGUCACUGCUGAGAUAUAGACCCCUGGCUUGGUAAUGUAAUAUUUAGUUUUGUUGGUUGACUUAAAUAUGGCGCCUUGUGAAACACCUGUGCCUUCUAUUUUUAAUCUAAAUGUAACACAUGAUAAAACCAACAAAGCUUAUUGCAAACAACCAUGGUAUGUUUCUGAGGGCUGGAUACCUCAAACCAACCCAAGUUCUUAUUUCUCUUUGUAAUUAUUUCAGGUGUGUCCAUUAAAUGUCCAUGCACUAAUCUAAUAUCAAUGUAAGGGUGAGGUAUUAUGAACAGCAAAAGUCAGUGGAAGAGUGAAAAAAACUCAUAUCAUUGAUGUCUAGACUUCACAAAAAUUCUUAAAUGUAUCAUAACUUCACAUCCACAAAUCAUAUUUUUAAGAGAUGAGAAAUUACUGUGAGUUCUGCUACAAAGCACAACUGAACUUGUUUAAACUAUGCAACUUACUUGGAUAAUUGUAUGUGCAGCAAAUUAAGUUUAAAGUUUGCUUUUAAAAAACAUUACUGCAACUCAGUUUGAAAGGGGCUAUUUUCAGACAUACACAUUAGAUCAAAAAAGAACAUAAAGUUUAAAGUACUGUUAAUGACAUGUUAAGCCAUAAAAAAGUUAUGCAUCAGGUAAUGUUUGCAAAUAUUGAGGCAUAAGAUCUUUAUCCUGUUAAAACAUGCAUUAAUUUUCAUUUGAUAAUAUGCAGUAAUUCUUAACAAAGUACACAGGCUUCAAAAGUGUAAUGCUUGGAGUAAAAAACUUCCUUAUUAAUUUGUAAGAACAUUAAGAUAUAGGAAUCAUACACACAUACCAUAACAGAUAGUUGCAUAUUUCUGUAAUGAUAUAAACAGUUAUUUGGGUGAGCGUUGCUUACACCAAAUCCAUACUUUUCCUGAAGAAGAAAAAAAUCCAGUUAUAACUUGAUGGUUGUACUUCAAAAAUGCAUGCUGGUCUAGUUCAGCUUAGGUGAAAAAUCUCAAGAGAGCGCUAAUGGCUUCUUUUUGUGACUCACCUGCUGUUUGGGGCUUUGCAGCCUCUCGCUGAGAGCAGAAGGUGCAGGGAGGGAAGUGAGGUGGCAUGGCUUGCUGGCAGGCCUGAUCUGAGAAUUGAUUCAAGGGUGCUGGAAACAGGUUUGCACUCAGCAGUGCAUAGCCCAGAGCUUCUCCCUCGUUUACCGGCACUGCCGCUGCAGUGCACUUCCCACCAGUGAGGAGGAGAGUGUUGCUGAGACUAGCGAGGGCUGUCUCAGACCCCUAGAUUGCCCCCAUUUCUACCCCAGCUCUGCCUGUCUCACCCCCUGAGCACCCUACCUCUGGGGUGCUGGCAGUGAGCCACGGGGAUGUUGCACGGCUUCCCUCCCUCAGUGCCUGCUCGUGUUUCUGAACAGCAUUGCACUCCCAUCGAGUGCAGUGCUGCAUUUUCUAAUGGACAGAUGGGUUUCUCUUCAAGUUUUAUCACUUGUCCCAUGUGUGGCUGCCUUUACUACUUUUCUCAGCUUCUUUUAAAGCUUUCUUUGAAGACAAAGUCUGAGACCGCUGUCCAACCUUCCAGGAGAAGAGCUAGGAAUAGAGAUUGUCUCCAAGCAUGGACUCAGGAGACAUGAUAUGGCAUUUGCUUAUUCCAACUUACUAUCAUGUGUUUUCUCCCCUGGAGACAUUGAGACUUUUUAAUCAAAUGUACUUAGCAUUUCAUAUCUUACUCUGGAGGCAUUGUCGUGCCCUUCUCAUGAUGUACUAAUGAUGUCUCAAAGGGCAGAGAAUGAUUUCAGGUGGACACCAGGAAGUCAAAGCUGUAUCUUGCCCUGCAGGGAACGUCUUAGAAAUUUCAGAAAUUAAAUGAAUUCUUUUAAGAGGAUUCAAUAGUGGGAAGACCUGAAUUUUGCUAUGUGGGGAGUGUGAAUAAAAAUAAAUAGGAGAGCAGAACUUCUAUGUAUUUUUGAACAGAGUAAAAAAUGUUUGGGAGGCUUUGGCAAUGUAAGAACAAUUUUGUUGUUUGUUUGUUUGUUUUUUUAAUUUACAAUUUGUAAGUUGAUCAAACAAUACAUGGAACCAAGUCCUGUUUCUGUUGAAGUUAAUGGCAAAACUCUCUUUGGCAUCCAUUGAUUUGACCUGGGAAGAACAGGGUUCCCUCUCCUCCUCCUCCUUUGCCAGCUGCCUUCCAUCGUUGACUGCUCUGCUUGACUGGUACAUGAAGUUACCCACCACACUGGUCCCAGAGCCUGCUUGAGAUGAUGACUAUUUAUCACGGAGUGCAUCCAUUCAUUUAUGUCACUUCUGCUCUCUCUGUGGAUGCAAAUUCACAGAUGUUUCUAGCUUUUAUCUCUACUGCAGCAUGUAACAUGGAAGAAUAUUAUUGACUUUAAUGAGAAGUUUAAUACUUUCAGUCACCUCCUGCUAUUCUUUAGCUAUUAAUAGCUUUUUGGAGUCAAGCCUGAGUAUUUUUUUUCUCUUGUGCUGCCACUCGGCCCAAUACAUCCCCAGUCAGUAUGUGCAGUCUGGGACAUAACUUCUGUGGUUCUCCUCCCCAAGAAUAAAUUUUCUUGGUUCAAAAAUACUGGGUGCAUUUCUUUGGCUAUAGCAGAUCAGAGCAGAUGAUAAAAAUGGCUCCUUCUGCUAGAGUCUGGGAUGCUCCUUGCACCAAGAAAUUCCUGCCUUGGCAAAAUUUGAGGCAAAGUGGUAGGAGAGAGUGUAAGAAACCAACCCAUUUUAAUCAACAGAGGAUGAUGUGAAGAGAGACAAUCUUUUCCAAUACCUCAAAAAUAGAGCAUUUAGAGAAUCAUAAAAGGCUGGAAUUGAUUCAUCUGCUCUGUUUCUAUUCUCUUUUAUGCCUUCUGUGGGCUUCUGCUCCAUAGGAAUAAAAAGUGGGAGCAGAUGAGGCUUGUUGGAUCUUCAGGAACUAACACUGGUCACAGAGGAUAAGAGUAAUAGAAGUGGCAGCUCUGCAACUGCUGCAGUUCUGAGCUAGUUUCAAGGGAAUUCAGUCAGAGCUGGUCAGAAUUGAGAAUUUAUUUUUCUGGAAAUCCUGAUGCUUCAAAUUCUAAAAAACAUUCUUUCUUAAGAGAAACUGGAAUGUAGAGGGAAAAAUGUUCACUCCAGAAAUACUGAAAAAGUCUUGUUUACAUACUUUCUAUAGCCUUUUAAUUUUGGCUUCAAAAUUAGAUGGAAAACAUAAAAUUAAAUAUAAAAAUUCUCCAGUAUUUUUUGUUAUAAAUAAUUAUGACAAUAUAAAUAUAUUCCUACAAAAUCAUUUCAUUAUGUCAGCAUCCUCUGAAGCAAAGAAAACUAAAACUCUGGCUAAUUUUUGACUAGUUCCUAAAGGAGGCUUUCUUAUGAACAAGAUACAACAGUCUAAUUUGAGCCAAUAAAGACAGGCGGGGAAAACACAUGAGCUUUUAGAGUAUUUCGAACAUUGUCAACAUUGAAAUAUGAACUGAGACCUGUUGAAAACACCUACUAAUUUUUGAGGUUAUAAUUCCCAGAGGAAGCAGAAUCAACAGAGAAGCUGUGUGCAUCCCUAUGAGAACUCACCAUCAGUGCUUGGUGGUAGACUGCCUCACAAGAAAAAAGCAUCUUUAUCUAUCAUCCAGUGGAGGCAAUCACACUGUCAUCCUGCCAUGAAACAAUCUGACCACAGACUGUAAAAACCAAGAUCUUCAAGUCAUUCUGGUUUCAGUUUAAUCUCAUCAUAACUUCUGCCACCUUCCCUCCCCACCCCAUGCACUAAAGCUAGAUUAUCAACAAGCACAAGAAAGUUAAAGCAGGGCUUCUGUUCUCCCAUGGUCUGUUACUAGUAGCAAAACCAAGUUUUCUACCUCCAGUUAAACAGUCAUGAAUAAUGUGGAGCAACAACAUCCAGAGAUUAAUUACAAGUCCACGAAGAGCCAUCAUGUCAUCAUAAGGACAACCUAUUUUCCUCUUACACCAGGUGUUCAUGAUAUGGAGUGAAGGACAUGAGAAGUGCCCCCAGUACAUGGACCUGGCUGAACAGACAGUCAUCCCUGUUUAGUCUCCCAUGCACCAUCAGAAAAGUGGUGCGUAGAGCUUUCAGGGAUUGUGGUCGUGUCAAGAAUAUCUGAAGAGUGGGACACCGUAUUUAUGAAGUCUAGGCAAAGUCCUGCAUUUUGGUCCUCUUUUCCCCAUGCACAGAUUAGAUGUAAUGUGGUAUAAUUUGGAAUUGGUGGCAUUUUAUAAGCUUUCAGUACAGCUUGAACAGUUACAGCAUAGCUUUCUGUAUCUGUAGAAUAUUAUGGUGCAAUUUAUAUUUAACUGGAAGAUUUCAAUUCUUUGACCAGCCACUGUAUGUUUAGAAAUGCAGGUACUGACAUGCAGUUCUUUAGAGCUUGCUGUGUUCCAAGUGAAGCAGGGGCACAAAUCCCCUCAUACAUUUCAGAGCAUUAGGUAUUCAUCCAUCAUGGCCCUGAUCCUGCAGAACACUUAAGUGUGUGUGUAAGCUUAUACACCUAAGUGAUGCACUUAAAAAUAAUGCACGCAAUUAAGUAUUGGACUGAAGCUCACAUACAUUCAGAAAAGUGUUCUCAAAAAGUAAUUUCCAUGCAGAGAUUUUUUUCCCAUGGAUUCAGAGAUAACUGUAAGCAGAACAGCACAAAGUAGCACUCAAGUACUUCCCUGUGGCAUUCACAUGUAGCUAUAUAUAUAUAUGUGUAUAUGGAUAUAUAUAGAGGAAAGCUUUUAGUUUCAAAUAUACUCAGUUCCAGGUAGCAACAUUUAGCAUUAUAAAUUGUAAAGCUUUUUACUAGAAUUCUAGCUAGGAUAAAGGAAUGUGGGAGAGAGGGAUUACACAGUGAAGGAAAUUAAUAUUCCACUUACAAAAGUGGAGGGCAUCCUGAGCAUAUCUGCACCCAGGCAGUAGAGUUAGCUCCAGAACAAGAGGUACAAGUCAUCUCACCACCCUGGCCAUAUGGAAGAGUGGCACAUCAUUGAAGUUAGACAUCUGGGCUCUGUGCAGUCAGGCCUUCUGUCAUCAAAGGUGUAGAUUAGGCACCUAAAUAAAGGCCACUUCGGCCCACCCUCUGCUGCUUAUGGAGGAUGCAUGACAACACAUUUAGUCUGGAUGUCUGACUUUUAGAGGACUAAUGCUAAAUGAGCUGAUUUCUCCUCAGCAAAUCCAGCUAGGGUAGGUUCAGAGCCAUGCUAACUACAGUAAAAUGUCAUCUAAUCCAGCCAGAGCUGGCUGCUGUCUGAUCAUUUCAGAUAACUAUCAAUUCUGCAUUGAAAUAUUUUCUGGACAUACCCAAAGACACGUGCUAGCUCUUCCAGCAAUGUUUCAGAAUUUCUGGCUGAAAAUCUAGGAGUUAUAUGGGAGGACAGUUUAGAUAAGGACAUCCUUCUGGCCUUAAAGCCUCUGAAAUUGCUGAAGUAAUGCUGUAGAUUCAAAGUCUGCCCUUUCACAGAAUUGGGACCUAGAUGUUCAGAUGACACAUUUUCAGUAUCCCACACGUGGACAGCGCAGACAGCACUAUCUGCUCCAUGUAACUCCAGGGAGCAUGGCUGGGAGGAAGUUCAGCACCUUCUGUACUGAUCUCGCAUGUUUUUCCCCAAAUGCCUGACUUACUGCUGCCUUACUACACUUUCUGUGUGUAAUACCACAGAUUUUGCUGGUGGUAUAUUGACAUAAAACUGGUAAUAAAUAGGUCCAAAGUGUCUUACUGCUAUUUGGGUGCCAGAUUGUCAGCCUCAUCAAUAUAAUGACAAGACUGAAGAACUGGCCCAGUUCAUUGGAUUGGACACUGACAAGCUGCCACUUUAGCAAAUGUAUGUUAAGUAAGUGAUACCAAGUGCUUGUUCAGCUUUUGUACUCUGUUCACUGGUUAGUACUGCUUUUUUCAUAGACUGACGAAAACCUGCUUCCUUAACAAGUUUAUCCUUGUCUUUUCUCAAUAACAUCUUUUUUAUAAUGGCACUAGGGAAAGUCAUGUUGCAUUGUUUGGGUUCCCACAGCUGAAGUGAUCUACUUGUGGCUUCUCUCCACUGCUCUCCAGCGGGUCAAAACACCUAAUAACAGAGAUUUACCUGGACUGGAAUAUGAAUCGGGUAGCUUUGGACAGUGUUUGCCAGUUUUAGGAAAACCUGUAUUAACAUAUUUCAGUUUCCUCACAUAUUUGACUAGAUUUUAUGUAUUUUUAUGCUUUAAAGUAUUUAGAAGAUGGUAGUCCUCAUCAUGAUGGUAGAUUCAUUCUUUGGUAUAGAAUUAGGGCUUUCUUCUUAUAUCAUUUGUUUUCUGUAUAACAAUUCUAAAAGGUUAAAUGUAAAUCUUAUCAUAGAAUAGGGAUGGGGAAGCCUCAGCUUGGGACUGGAUGUAGCCAGAGUUCACAGGAUUCUUUUUCCCUACAUUGUUGUUGAAUCUCACUAAUACAUGUUACCAUGUGGCCAAAGGUUUGAAAGCCUACUCAGUCCUCAGGAAGGAAAUUUUCCCCAUCAUUUCCAUAGAACAUAUUAUAUAAAUUAAAGAGGACAGCUGAUAAUAUCCAUAUUCAUAUACUGUUAAUAACUGUAGUUUUUAGCAGAAACCCAUAAGCCUCCAAUCCUUCGGAUAAGCUAUUUUCUAUUGACUUAAGAAAGCCUUUUAACCACAGGCCUAAUUUUGUAAGUUCAAAGUAGCUCUGAACUUUUCUCAUUUUCAAGUGUUUAGAUGCUUAUCCAUUCAAGUUCAAUUCUACUGUUCUGAUUAUUGCAUUAUCCAUUGUCUAUAGUGUAUUUUCUGUUUUUUUCUAUCUCAAACCAGUUGUCACAAUGUUAUCCUGUAAUAAGAUUUUGUCCAUAAUACAGAAUAGGUGGAAGGCUGUGGAAUUCGUGAAGGGCUACAAGAAGUAUCCAAAAGAUUGUUCAGCUCAAGGAAGAAUGAGCCAGCUCAAUAAGCUUUUAACAAAUGACUAAACAACACUGUGGUGCUAAUAGAUACUGAAGUAUUUUGUGGUGUAUUCACUAUGAUUUAAAUGCCAUAUUUAAGGCAUGUCAAUGAUGCAAAUGCAUGUGCUUUUAUUGUUAAAGUCUGGAACUGUUCCAGCAAAGACAGUGUUCAUAAUUCCUAAUGUACCAAUUCCUACCUAGCCCUUCUGUGGGAAAGUCAUUUCAGGAAGCAGUACAGGAUUUGGCCCAGCGCUAAUAACUAAAGUAGAAGCUAUAUAGGCUAAAGCAAUCCAACAUAGGAUGUGUUCAUCUUCCUGUAGAAUGUUACUUUAUUUAGUGGCUUUACUUAAGCAGACACUGAAAAUAAAUUUUAUAGGAAUGAAGAGAAACACUGGGCUAAAUUCUGGGGCUUCUUAUCCAAGCAGGCUCCUACUUUCAUCAGUAAAUGUUUGAAUUAAAUUGAGGAUUCAAAUUUAAAAUAUUAAUAUUCUUCCAUGAGAUACUAGAAGGAAGGGGGUAGAAUAAGAGCAAGUUCUAGCUCCAACAAUGGAAAAAGGCCAAAUCAGCCAACUUUCAAGUAAGCCAGGAUUUAAAACUGAUGGUUUUGGUUUUAACAAAUAAGAGACAAUAUGUCACCCUUACAUUUAGAAUUCUGACAGGACGUUAUUUUGUGGUGGUGUGUCUGGACUGCUCAUUCAGAGGAGGCAUUCAUGGUCUUCAUAGCACUAAGACUGCACCUCAGACUGAUGGGUCAGAAAUUUUACCUCUUUAACAAAGGUGUUUGGAAACAGCACUUUGUGAAGGGAAAUUUCAAAAUAAAAAGUUGUACAAAAUCAUCCUGAACUGAAUUUCUGUACAAAAGUGAAUUUGGAAUCACUGUGAUGCACAUUUCAGUGAAGACUUUCCUCGUAAAGGCCUGCUCUUUGCCCCCCUGGAGCAAAUGGGAGUUUUGUCCUUGGCUGCAGUGCGUACCUCUACCAAAUGAUUUAAACAGAACAGCAACAAAUUAAUGUGGGUAGUAUGUUAGGAGCAUGGAGUGGGCACACUGCCCGUAACUGUUCGGUUUUAAAAAAUUGGUUAUUAAGCAAAUGUGUAGAGUAUUAAGGAAAUUUGUAGAGUAUGUAUGAUUGUAUGAAUGCGUGGGUGCUGUGCUGUGAUAAAAAGAGACUAACUGGUUUAUGCAUUUUUUUUUGCAUACUGUAGGCUCCUUUGUGGGGAUUUUUAAUUGAUAUUUAUUUCUCAGCAGAGCUUAGAGUAAUUUUAAAGCUGUAUAAUACAUUGUUUAAUGAAAUCUAUUGUCAGCAUCUGUUGUAAACGUGUUUACAAAACAAACUCUUGAAUACUUGAUAUUUGAAAAUAAAAAAUAGCAUAUCAA